AUGUGGGGAUAUCCUAGAGGAAGUGGUGAUGGAUCGGGUUAUCAGGGAGAUAAGGGUGACGGGUCGUGUUAUCAGGGAGGUAAGGGUGACGGGUCGGGUUAUCAGGGACGUAAGGGUGACGGGUCGGGUUAUCAGGGACGUAAGGGUGACGGGUCGUGUUAUCAGGGACGUAAGGGUGACGGGUCGUGUUAUCAGGGAGGUGAGGGUGACGGGUCGUGUUAUCAGGCAGGUGAGGGUGACGGGUCGUGUUAUCAGGCAGGUGAGGGUGUCGGGUCGUGUUAUCAGGCAGGUGAGGGUGACGGGUCGUGUUAUCAGGCAGGUGAGGGUGACGGGUCGUGUUAUCAGGGAGAGCAAGACACAGGUGGAUAUAUUCAACGCAGAGCAAGACACAGGUGGAUAUAUUCAACGCAGAUCAAGACACUAGUGAAUAUAGUCAGUGCAGAACAAGACACUUGUGGAUAUAUUCAACGCAGAGCAAGACACAGGUGGAUACAUUCAAUGCACAUCAAGACACUGGUGGAUAUAUUCAACGCAGAACAAGACACAGACUAUGAACAAUGUGAACACGAAUACUAUGAAGAACAGCAUGAACACGAAUACUAUGAAGAACAGCAUGAACACGAAUACUAUGAAGAACAGCAUGAACACGAAUACUAUGAAGAACAGCAUGAACACGAAUACUAUGAAGAACAGCAUGAACACGAAUACUAUGAAGAACAGCAUGAACACGAAUACUAUGAAGAACAGCAUGAACACGAAUACUAUGAAGAACAGCAUGAACACGAAUACUAUGAAGAACAGCAUGAACACGAAUAA